AUGUAUAUCUACAACAACUGGAAAAGAUCAAAGCCGACAUUAAUCGGUGUAUGCGAAACUAGGAGAGCACGCGCUGUCUCAGCGAGGUGGACAAGCGGUGAAGAAAUUCUGCUGGGAGAAGGAGCCAAAAUGUGCCCAGAACAGGUGGAGCGAUUUCAACGCAGUUGUCGGCUCCCGAUUGGACGAUACGGAAUACCUCAUAGGAAGAAGAAAGCGAAGCGUCUCUGGACAUGGAGAAGCUCAGACACGAGAACUCUGAGGCAAAUUGAUUAUGUGCUGACCGAUACGCCAAGAUUGGGAAAAUGUGAUAACGACUGGCUCCGAUCAUCGGCUUUUGCGUUCGGUGAUCCUCUUCGAUGCCAAGAAAGAACGCAAAGAACACUCGUACGACAAACUUUCAAUGCCGAUAUGUAUGCUGCGAUGAUAGAGUCGUCAGAUCUACACAUGAAUACCGGAAGCAAUAUCGAUGCCGACUAUGAAGAUCUAGUGGGAAAAAUAACUCAGGCCGUGAAAGCAUCGAGCAUAGCAAUAGAGCCCGCAAGGCGACGACGUAUAUCGACAGAAACACUGCAGAUGAUGAAGAGGAGAGCACGCAUGAAGGCUGAAGGACGAGUGCAAAAUGAGGAAUACCGGACACUCUGUGAAGCGAUAAGGGAAAGAAUCAAGUGCGACUAUGAAGGCUACAGACAAAUGAAACUUCGCGAAGCAGCUGAGAAAAGGGCUAGCCUGAAAGCUGUAGAAAGGGAUAUCCGUCUAAGGCAACAUAUACCCUAUGCUCUCAAGGACGAUACAGGUGUUAGAACAACCAACCGCCCACGAAUGAACGAGAUAUGUACAAAGUUCUACAACGAUUUGUACUCCUCAAAGGUGGUUGUUGCAAGAACCUACCGAAACGUUGCAGAAGAACCGAUCCCAGAAGUAAUGUGGGAAGAAGUGGAGAACGCAGUGAAACAAAUAAAGGCUGGGAAAAGCCCUGGCUGCGACAACAUUCGUCCCGAACACCUAAAAGCAGGCGGACUACAUCUAUUCAAAGCGCUGGCAGAA